AAACAGACAGCUGUCACAAAUUUCGCAAUUGCAAUCCAUCAGCUUAAGCUUGAAACUGACAGUCUCCCAUCUUCGCUAUGACUUCAAUGGACAAGCAUGUCGCUAAAUACAUGGUGGCAACCGGCGAUGCUUCAGCCGAGGCUGUCUCUGCCUCCGAUGACAUCUCGAAAAUUGUCAAUUCCGGAGACACUCAAGCCAAUUUACUGCAAUUGAUCCAAUCCCUCGGUGAAUAUCUCACCAACGACGAUGGCUUCAUUCGAGCUAAAGCUACCGGAUUGCUGUCCCAUGUGCUUUCCGAAACCAAUCAAUCCAGCAUCAAUGCGGCAGCAGUUGAUGUGUUGGUCCAUUUCUAUUGUGAUCGCCUCUCAGACGAAACAUGUGUCCCGAAACUACUAGAGGGAAUCGAUGCCCUCGUCACUUUCGAUAACUUCAAGGAGAAGAGUGCCGUGACUGUUUCCAAGAUGCUGUUUGAAAAUGUCAAGACACAAUCUUUCCCUCAGACUGCCAGAUAUAGAGUUUUCUCAAUAAUAGGAUCGCUGGUAGCAAGGUACUCUAGUGCUUUGAGAUCAAUGAACAACGAAUUCGUAUUUGGAUUCAGCCAGGCAAUGGAUGGUGAAAAGGACCCAAGAAAUUUGAUGAAGGCUUUUGCACUCGUCAAGGAGAUUGUUGUGAACUUUGAUAUCUCUAACCACGUAGAAGAUCUAUUUGAGGUCACAUUCUGUUACUUUCCAAUCACCUUUAAGCCUCCUCCGGAUGACCCAUACGGUAUCACUGCCGAAGAUUUGAAAAUUACCUUGAGACACAGUUUGUCUAGCUCACCUUUGUUCGCAAAGUUCGCUAUGCCCUUGUUAUUGGAGAAGUUGUCAUCCAGUUCUGGUAGUGCAAAGAAAGACUCCAUGGAAACUAUUGCUGAAUGUGCACCGGUUUAUGGUGCUAAUGCCUUAUUGCCGGAUAUCAAUGAAUUGUUUGAUGCCCUCAAGGUUGAAGUUUUCCAUGCCACUGACCCGGUUCUUGAAGACACAGCUCUUGAGGCUAUCCACCAAGUCGUAGCUGCUCUGAGUACAACGAUUAGCAGCGAUAGCGCCAAUGAUCCAGCCGAGAAUGCAUUGAAGCCACUGGUGGUUGAGUGCAUGGUCAAUUUGAAAGAUCCAGAGCUCAAAAACGCUAAGCCGGCCGGCCGGAUUUUACGAGCUGCUGCCUCUGCCUCUGACCCUGCUUUCAACUCCAUAAUCGAUGCCAUCAUGCCAAUUUUGCUUAGACAUCAUAGAGAAACGGAUUUAGCUACGCAGAAGAAGGCUGUACUAGAUGUUCUUUUGGAGUUCUUGGAAGCUAGCAAGACCCUGUAUGGAGAAAGAACUGACGCAAAGAAUGAUGCUGACUUUCAGACUCCUCUGUUGGGUUAUAAAGAUCGCCUUUGGGAAUUGUUUGAGUCAGCAACUACGGCGUCAAACGAAUACAAUGGACUUCGUCUGGCAGGCAUAAAAGGUCUUCAUGUCAUGACUCUCAUGAAGAAUUACUUAGCUGAUAAUGAGGUUGGGUUGGCAGUCCGAACAUUUACAAAAAUCUUGGUGGAUCAAAAUGACAACGAGCUGCAAGUCAAAGCAUUGUCAUCGCUAUUGUCUAUCGCCAAAACACAACAGCAGCAAAUUUUAGACUACACCGUUCCUGUACUAAUGGAUACCAUGCCAGCUUCUGAGGCAGACGACAAGGCUUCAGCUCACCAGAAAAACCUUGAGUACUUGACCGAGUUGUCCUCAAUGCCUGCCAUCUUUGAUGUCGUUGGUAUACAAUUAGUAUCCAAGUUUGAGACGGCAACCCGCCAACAGCCAGAACAAUAUAUAUAUGCCUACGAAAUCAUCCAUGCUUUCGACACCAUCUUACAGCAGAAAACGGAGAAGCAAGAUAUUGGCAAAUGGGUCGAUUUGGUUUUUGAGAAGUUGUUUGGACAGUGUAUAUCAGCAUCACUUGCCAGUCAAACCACCAGCUCGAUACUUGACGAUCGCAUUCUUUCCGUUAUCGCUUCCAUCACUGCCGUAAUUUUCCAACAUCUCGAGGCUAGUGUUCAAUCUGAGUAUAUCAACCGCCUGUUCGACAUAUACACCAAGAGCGAUCUCUCUAGCCUUAAGCUUGAAUCAGACCACACAUUUAAACCCUUGGACGCAUCAAGCCCUGAUGCUCAAAAGAAGACUAGCACCUUAUUUGCGGUGGCUGUGUCUUCCUACUCACGUACAGUUCAGCUACCCAUCGCUAGUCAUGAAGAAUUUUUAGAUGAACUCGUCAGUGCAGCUCUUUCCUCCUCCUCCUGCGAACUGCAGGUUAUUGCUCUUGCCCAGCUUCAUGGUGCUAUUGUUAACAAGUGGGCAGACGAUGCUGUGAGGAACACCUAUGUUGAAGGCUUGGUGUCCAAGCUAGUCCCCAUUGCUGAAAGCAACCACGCUGCUCUGACCAUAUUGCUCUGGACUUGCAAGGCCCUUGUGCUUAUGGCCAAACCCAUUGGAUAUACCAUCACUGAUCAGUUGAUCACUUGGUGUGCUUCUCCGGUACUCGGAGGUCGCACUGCCCACGGGUUCGAGCUUAUCGUUGGGGAUGAUAACCUGGUUUUGAACAGAGCAUCUGGUGCUACUUUAAAUCUACUUUACAAACAAAGAUUUUUCAACUACUGUCUUCCUAAACUGGUGGAGAAUUUUAAGUCUUCUCAAGCAGAUAUCAAGCCCAAUUAUUUAAUCGCCUUGUCCUACUUGCUGCGCAAUGUGCGCAAGCAAGUCCUUCUCAACGAGCUUCCACCCCUCAUACCACUUUUGCUCGAUUCCCUUGAGCUUGACGAUGCAAGCCUGAAAAUUUCCACCCUAGAUACGUUCCGCAUCGCCGUGAUUGACGCUCCUGAAAUUAUAUCUCAGCAUGUUCGCAGAUUGGUCCCUGCACUGCUACAAGUCGCACAACAUAGCAAACAAAUGGCUGUCCGCAUCAGCGCAUUAACCUGUCUUGCUCAAUUCCCCGUCAGUCUUACCAGAGACGUUCUGCAACCUCACUCCACUUAUGCUAUCAAGCAGCUCAGCUUAUGUCUUGAUGACAAUAAGCGUUUGGUCAGAAGACAGGCCGUUGAUUGCCGCUCCAAGUGGUAUGGCAUUUAAUGCCUUUUGCAAGCUGAAUACAUCACGAUGAUCUGCGCGUCACCUAUGUCAACAUAUAAAAAGGCUUUAAUCACAUUGGCGUGUUUCUAAAGCAAGCAUGCAGUUUUUGUGUUUUAAAAAAAACCCAUUACAUUGAAAUAUAAAAAAAAAAAAAAUUAGACAUAUAU